AUGCACAUCCCCGCCGCCGUCCGCAGCCUGUCCUCAGCCGCGCUCUUCACGCCGUGGGACAAGAGCCAGUGGGUCGCCUCCGACGACACGGUCCGCAACGGUUCGAGUCAUUCGACGCUGGACAUCAUCGCCGCCGGCGCCGCCGGCAACCCUUUCUCCGAGUCCAUUGCAAACUUCCACGGCAACCUGGACUACGCGACGCUGGGCGGCGCCGGCUUCGCGUCCCAGCGGACCGUCGACAAUUGGCCGGGCCUCGACAUUUCUGCGUACGACACAAUCACCCUCGAGAUUCCCUUCGCCGACGGAAAAAAGUAUACGUUCAACUUGAAGGACACGAUUCCGCCACCCAUCGACGGCAGGGAGCAGUCUGGCGUCAGCUGGGAGUUUGAUUUCCAGAUUCCCGCGGUGAAUCACACUGACGGUCAGGUUGAGAGGGUUGUUAUGCCAAUUAGCAAGUUUGUGCCUACUUACCGCGGACGGGUCCAGAAUGAUACUGCGCCGCUUAAUACGGCGAGCAUCAAGAGAGUCAAUUUCAUGAUCAGAAGCUUCUUUGCUGCACAAGAGGGAAAUUUCCAAGUGCACAUCAAGUCCGUGAUUGCUUCGAAGGAGGCAAGCAAGUAG